GUAGACUCCGUUGUGUGGGUCAGUUCCAACCGUCCAACGUUUUGACAUUUGUUGCGUUCCUUCUUCGCAGAAAGAAUGGUACAACAUGAGUAGCAACAACGAUAUAGCAACAAUCAUGAUUAAAGCCAUUCUACUUACGGAAAUCUGGAAGUGGGAGGUCCAAUGCGAGGUCUAGAUAUAUACAGCUCUGGUAUAUAUGACUGGAUUUUUAGAGAGGAAAGUCGUGCGAGUUUCUGGCAGCACUGUUUCCAGUUCUGUCAAAUUUGUAAAUACUGUUGGUACUAUUUAAUAUAUGCUAUUUGCAGGAGAUAUGACGAGAAGAUGUUAAUUUAAUAUGAAUUCUGUAGAUGUGAGAAGUAUUUCAGCAUUCAAGAACACCGAAUAAAUAAUUCAGAUUAAAUUACAUUUAAUGAAACUGAAAUAAGUUUUGUUGAUAAUUGUAGAAAUAUCACAUAAGUCGAAUAUGUCAAUGGCGGAUCGAAAAAAUUCUUAUAUACCACAUGAGCCAACACCUAGGAGGACAAUACAUACUACUGAUAAUAUGAAAAUAUCACCCGAACUUGAAGACGAGUCGGGAGUAAAAGACUCGAAAGCCUAUAACGACUCAUCAUUUAGCAAUGACAUUUCUGAGGAUGAAGCAGCAUAUAGCAAUCUAAGCCAGACAAAUGAUUAUAAUUAUUCAGAUAUAUCAUCAUCGUUAAACAGCAGUAAUGGCAGUAAUAAGAGUAGGAAAUCUAUUUCUUCGUCACAUGUUAUUAAGGAUACUGUAAGACAUAGACGUAAAGAACGUUAUCAAAUUCAGGAUAGCCAUACAUAUCCCCAAAAAAAAACAAAUGCUUCUGCAAAGCGAAAUUAUACUUAUGAAGAAGAAAAAUGUCAAAUUAGUCAAAAGUAUAAUAUAAAAAUAUAUUGUAUGACAAUUCUGUUUAUAGGUUUUUUGUGUAUUCUUGCAUAUUUAUUUAUUCCAUCACAAACUCUUAGUAAUGAACACGGAAUUCAUAGCAGUUCAGAAAUUUCAAUUCGAGAAAGAAUCUCACAAUUGAAAUAUGAUGUGGGUUUGCUUAAAAGUGAUUUUCCUGCCCAAGAUAACAGCAUAUGGGAUGAUUUCAUUGUUGGUACUAUAGAAAUACUCCAAAAUCCAAAGAAACCAUCUAUAUUUGUUCUUCUCUCUAAUGAAACUUCUACGCUACAUUGUUUAGUUGCCUCUGUAAGUAAUGUUAUCAGUCAAGUUCUCAACAGUGGCUCGUUAAAACUGACAUCUACCAAUUUAGAAAAAGAUCACGGAGGUGUGAUAUAUACUUUAAGAUCUAAAAUGAAAAACGCACGUACCAUUAUUGUGGAGAACAUAUUAACGAUAAAUCCAGAUACGAUAAAAGCUUUUCAUUCUCUUUGUGAUACAGAAAAUGCUGUAGAAAAAGGAACGGUUUUCUUUAUAAUAAUGAUAUUAAAUCAGUAUGAUGUGUCAAAAAGGGCCAUAGAAGUUGCCGAGGAACAACUUCACGAAGUAUUUAGCCCCAAAAUUGAUGAAGACACAUUGUGGCCUCUUAUCACGAGGUUAACAGAUGGUACCGUUUUUUAUGUGCGAGAAGAAUUAGAGCUACCCCGUUGUAAGUAAUAAAUAUUAUUGCAGAAUAAUAUGCAAACCUUAAUGUUCAGCCAGUUGUGCACACGGUAAUGAACGAAUUAUUAUGAGACUGUUGCAUUCAUUUCCACUGUUGAAUCAUUUAAAAAAGAAGUUGUAAGUGCAACUCAAUUAAUAUACGUAUAUAAAACAUUCGAUAUCAUAAAACAUUGCUUUAUGUCAUUAAUGUUCAUGACCUUUAGAGAUUUAAAAACUAUUAAUAAAAAUGACCAAUUACAGUUAAUAGAAUUUUAGCAAAUACUUUGAAUUACUGAGUCUUAAAGAAUUACCAUAAACUAUUGAAGUACUUUGUUUCACUUAUUAGUCAUGAGCAUAUUAAUAACCUGAUGCAACUGUUUUUGAUAUAAUGAAGUUAUAUUUUACAAUGAGAUAUAAAUUAUAGAUUUGCUAAAGCGAAGUUCAAAGGACUAGACUUGUAUCCUCAUGCAGGUCAUGUAAAAUAUAUUACAAUUUAUCAUACAUGAAUGAAUGAUUUACUUUUAUGUGUAGAUAGGAUUCAUAAUAUCAAUAUAAUAUUCUUUUGCAUAAAAAAUUUUGUAAUGCAUAAUCUAUGAAGAAAGAAAGAACUGCAUUGUUAUGUAUAAAAUCAUCUAAAAUAUAAUAAAGAAAUAUUGUAUUCCUGAAGUA